UCUUACCGAAAAAAAAAAAAAAAAGCAUCGACCGCACAUAGGAAUAGUACCAAGUCGUCGGAUUUGGAUCUAUCCCCCAUUCUCGUCGUCGGGGAGAAUCUCAGAUCUGAGAAACCGGGGGUCACGUGCAUCACCACCUCGUCACGUGACGCCUCCUCUCGAGACGACGACGUUCCUAUAUUGUAAUUGUUUAAAAUGAAGAGGGGAUUGGUGAGGACGAGAGUGACAGUGGCUGUGGUAUCUGUGAGCGUGAUCAUCGUUGUAUGGAAACUGUCGCAGAGCGUGAAGAACUUCGUAGCGAAGAAGAUCGCGGACGUGCCCAUGCCGGAGGCGAGUGUUGAUGACGUAGACUUCAAGCGCGUGAGCCGCGAGGGCGUGGAGUACUCGGCCAACGUCUCUGUUUCCAAUCCUUAUCCAACCCCUCUCCCCAUUUGUGAAAUAUCCUACUCGCUCAAGAGCGACGGCAGGGAGAUAGCAUCGGGGGUGAUACCAGACCCGGGGUCGUUGAAGGCGAAGGCGUCGACGGCGGUGGAAGUGCCGGUGAAGGUGGCUCACAGUAUAUUAGUGAGCCUGGGGAGAGACAUAGCGAGGGAUUGGGACAUAGACUACAAAUUGGAUUUGGUAUUCGUGAUUGAUCUUCCCGUCAUCGGCAACAUCAACAUUCCUGUUUCUCAACAGGGCGAGAUCAAGCUUCCCACCCUCUCCGAUUGGUUCGCCUAGCCACUCAUUUCACAGUUCACAUACAUGAUGGCGCCAUUUUUAUUCCCAUUUCAUCAAUAAUUCUACAUUCCCAUGUUCCAUCUGGUGUUUCUUUUCCAUUACUUUUGGUGUAAUGUUGUCAGUUUACUCGGAUUGUUCGCCUUUUAUAUAUAUGAACGAAGUACAUGGCGCUGAGAUAAAGUCCGGCCCAGUCA